CAGAGUAGCCGAGUCGCCUCGCUGCUCCGCAUGGGCGGUUUCCUGGGCAAACAGGGACCCCCGCCACCCCCAGCCGAGGGGGGCGCAGACCGGCCGCAGAGGACCGUGACCCGCCAGCCUUCCCAGGCCCUUCACCAGCUCCACAGGGUUCAGCACGUCCAUCGCGCCCACCCUGCGCCGCGGCUCCGACCGGGGAGGAGGCCGCGGGACUGGGACCCCGCCAACCCCGCCUCGUGGGUCGCGAACGAGGCCUGGAGCCGCUUCCCCAUGCGGCGCCCCCAGCAUUCCAUCGUGGGGCCGCGCCCCUCGGACUGGUGGGAAAGCUACCUGAAGCGGACCAUCUGGUCGCUCCGGCACCCCAGGGCGGUGUGGAGCCCCGUGACCAUCAAGAUCACGCCCCUGGCGCAGCGAGGGCUCCCCGCCACGCCCCCGGCGCCCACCAUCCGCUCCGCAGGGGCUUCAGCCUCGGAGACGCCCCCAGACUCGCGUGCGAAGGAGGCGGUGCUGAGGGUCCUCAGAGAGUCCAAGCAGGUGAGGUGGAGGCUGGAGGGACCGCCGUCCCAGGCCCCCGACAGGCCGGGCAGCAAGAGGGGGAGCCCAGAAGCCAGAGCAUCUGCGUUUAAGCCUCUGGUGAAGAGUGGGAAACUCGCUUCCUUCGUGCCCAGCCUUGGGCCUCUGAGCUUGGGCCGCAGCUUGGCUAGGAGGCCCAGUUCCUGCUCCCUGAGCUCCUUGGCCGGCUCGCACCCAGGGGGCCCCCUCGGCUCCAAAAGGAACGCGAUCACAAGCUCCUACAGCUCCGCCAGAGGCCUCUCCCAGCCUUGGAAGAGACGCGCGCCCCUCCAGAUGCCCGAGUGGCCGGUGAAAAAGAAAAGCGGUCCUCAGCGUCACUUGCCAGGCCCACUGGCCGCGGAGGAGUCCCCGGCAGCGCCCGGCAGCCCCGGGCCGCGAGGUGAGGCGACUCCACGGCUGCUCACUGGCCCUGGGCCCCCGCUGGCCCUGCGUCCACCCCCGCAGCUUGGUUAUGCAGUCCCUGCUGAGGACCUGGCCUCGGGGACAGAAGCUGGGCUUCCGUGGAGCAACAGAACCAAGAAGGAUGCCACCGCAGACCCUGCACCUGACGCUCAGUCUCCGGCUCUGCCUCCCCUGUCCCUCACCCUGCCUUCUGCAGGCACCGCUCCAGCCGAGGGCACGGAUCCUCAGGCGGCAUCUCCAGGUCCACGCGCCCCCCCAGUGCCUGCGGGAGAGGGAACCAGUGUGGUCCACUCGCCUCCGGAGACGCCCAGCCUGCUGGCCCCACUCGGGUGCUCCCAGCCAGUACCCCUUCCAGGCCCCUCUGCAGGCUCCGAGCCCACAGCUGCUGUCACCCUUCUGACCCCUGCUCCUCCCACCUCAUCUGUCACUGACACCACGUGGCCACCUUCCGCCUGUCAGGCUGACUCAUUUUCCAGGCCCCCAGGCCCACCUGCCAUCACCCCCACAGCACCCUCUGCACAAAGGACUGUGUUUGGAGUGGUGAGGGGACUAGCUCACCAUCUUCCUGCCUCUGCACCUCCUGCUGCCACGUCUGCUGACCCCACCUCAAAGCCCAGUUGGAGGCCCCCACCUGACAAUGAGGCUCCAGUCUCCUUACCUUCCAGAAUCUCAGCCACGACUGCAGCCCGACCCCCUCCAGGCCUCCCAAUGCCCACCUUCAAGCCCAUCUUUGGCAGCAUCGAUCCGCUUAAAACUAGGCCUGUGAUCACUCCUUUCUCCUUCAAGCAGCCGUCUCCUCCAGGUCCUCCUGCUGUUACCCUCCUCUUCCACAACCUGGGCACGACCAGCUCUGCAGCCACCUCCACCGCCCCCGUCAGCACAUCCACAGGCUCCUCUUUCAAGCCACCUUGGGAUUUUGGUGGAGCAGGUGUUACCAGGACCGUAGGCAACACGUACUCUGACUCUUCCCCUUCUCACACUUUCCUCCCUGGGGCUCCCCAUGCCUUCAGGGACAACCUUUCGAACCCAGUCACAGGCUUCACCUCCCCACCUCCCCAGCUUCCCACCAUUCCCAUGGUAAAUGCAGUCAACAUCUUUAGCCAGGUUCUUCCCAGCGCUGCCCAGAUAUCCCCUAGGAAAAGCACCGCCCAUUUUAAGGGCAAGGGCAGCCCUCUGUCGGCCUCGGCCCUCGUCACCCCAAGCCAGCCCACAUUGCCAUCGGGCAUCUCCAAGCCAACCCCAGCAUUCACACUUCCUUUGGGGUCAAGCUCAAAGCCACUUUUCCCACUCUCCCUGGGAGUCACGGCCCGGCCUGCAUUUGGGGCUUCAGGUGGGCAAAGGCAAGGGGCCCACCAACCAGCCCUUAGCCCAAGCUUCAAGAGCUCUUCUGUGUUAGGAAACUCGGCAGUGGUCCCCUCAACCCCAACCCCAGCCCCAGCUCCAGCUCAGCCAGCCUUCAGCAGCCCCACAUGGUCAGCAUUCGGGGUGUUGACACCCUCUGCCUCCACCUUCCACAUCCCUGCCAGCAUCCAGACAGGUGCAGGCAGCACCCCAGCAGGUUUUCCCUUUGGUCCAGCUAGUGCCACUGGUUUUGGGGUUGUCCCCCAGCCCCGCCAGAAUGGGGCUCAGGCCUCAGUGUUUGGCAUCACAGCCCCACGACCUUUUGCUUUUGGGGGGUUAGUGACCCCUAUGGACUGUGGGGAGUCUGGAGACAGCAUGGCUGUCCCAGACAUGAGCUCCAACUCUGGAGUGUUCUCCAUCAGAGCCAUGCCCAGUGGGGCCAAGCAUGCCGUCACACCCUUCGGAAAAGGCUGGAGUCAGAACACCCAGGGCCUGACCCCCCAGGGCACCCCUUUUGCCUUGGGGAGGCCCAGUAUUUCUGCAAGAAAGAUUAUGUUUGGAGGCCCUGCCAUGGCCCCCUUAGCUCACAGCCUGCCUGCCCCUAGACCACUUCAGACAGGCAGUAGCUUUGGCUUAGGGAUUCCCUCUCCGCCUGCCCAGGGUUCCCUUGGGAGAGGGUCCUUCAGACCAGCAGUCCCUUCAUUUUCCAUUGGUGCCAAGCCCAAAACCCCAAAGAGUCGGGAGCCAGGGCAUUCCCGAAGGCAUCAUGCCCACAGGAAAUAGCUGUGUCCCUCACCCUCACCCUGACUCGGACCUCAGUGUUGUUGGGAAGAGCCUUCAUAUCCUCUAAUUCUCUAAAGUAAAAAAUACCCAGAUUUAAGGCUAGAGCUUUAUGUUUACCCGUGGGUCC